AUGUCAAAAGCACUGAUGUUACUCAAAGGAAAUGUUAAGGAGCUAAGACUCACUCCAAGGUCCUUCAAAAGCCUGGCCAAUCCUGUGAGUGUCGCGUGGCCUUCAUGUCGCAGCCUGCAUCCUGACAGGCCCUACUCAGGACCUGCUAACAAUCCCCUAGAGCAGCUCAGAACGAUUUGCUUGAUUUUGACUGAACACCAGAGGGCAGUGCAGGUGGACACCACGAGCAUCGCUGUCAACACACAGGGGCGUGUGGGCACAGGGAUCCUGCACUGCCAGGCGAAGCUCCCUUCUCUGCUCCCAAGCAAUCUCUUUCUCUCCUCCGAAGCACAGCCACAUACUCUAGGUCCUAAACUCUGGGGUGCACUAACGACCAAGAGGUGCAUGAGCACCAAAUGCCUCCAUUACGUGAGUAAUGAGUGCUUUCAUAUAUCGAUAUCCCCUGUUUUUCUGUUGGUCGAGUUUCCAGGAACAUUCACUGUUUGGGGAGGAGUAAAGACUCAUGUAAAGGUCAUGUUAUGUCUCUUCAUCUUCCAUCCUUCAGAGAUUACUGGUGGCCAGAACACCUAUGUGGGAGAGUGGGAGAGCGCCUGGCGGAGCUGGGGCGCCUGUCCCGCUCGCUCGCCUCUUGACUCGCGUGGCCGCCGACCGCCUCCCGCGCCUAGUGUCCGGGACGUCUCGCGCCUGCCGCCUCCGAGCCUGGGGCGGCGCCGCGCGGCCCCGAGCGCUCCAGGAAGCUGCGGUGCGAGUCCGCGGGGCCGACCUCGGAGAAGCCUGGGGCCCGGCGCUGCUAGGCGGGAGCGUCUGCAGCGGGGAGGAGAGGCUGCGGCUUCUCCCCGACGGGCGGGGCUGCCAGUGCGUGGGGAAGAGAGCCGGGCACUGGAGAGGGGAGAGAGAAGCGUCGGAGCCGCGCAGGGGACGGGAGUGAGAGCAGGAGCGACGCAGAGCGGCCAUCGCCGUGCCCGGGUCGCAGGGCGCCUGGCCAAAGUGAGCAUGGCUUCGGCGGCCUGGGCCGUCCUCCAGGUGCUGCUCCUUCUCCCCACUCACGCUUGGAGCCCCGUAGGAGCAGGAAGGCCACCUGACUGUGAUGCCCCACUGGCCUCUGCCUUGCCUAGGUCAUCCUUCAGCAGCUCCUCAGAGCUGUCCAGCAGCCACGGCCCUGGGUUUUCGAGGCUCAAUCGAAGAGAUGGAGCUGGUGGCUGGACCCCACUUGUGUCAAAUAAAUACCAAUGGCUGCAAAUUGACCUUGGAGAGAGAAUGGAGGUCACUGCUGUGGCCACCCAAGGAGGAUAUGGGAGCUCUGACUGGGUGACCAGCUACCUCCUGAUGUUCAGUGAUGGUGGGAGAAACUGGAAACAGUAUCGCCGAGAAGAAAGCAUCUGGAAUAAUAAGACUCCUAAGGUUAAUGUUUUUAGUCUGAUGUUACUGAUCCAGUCCCGUUAG